GCCGCCGCUGCUGCUGCUGCUGUGGGACAGGUUCGUGUCUGGCUUAGCGGGCACCUGGCGUGGGACGGUCUGGGGUGCAGUGGUAGCAGCAGGAACGCACUGAGUACCAUGUCCAGGAAGAAGACCCCUAAGGGCAAGGGCGGGAGUGUGCCUGCUGCCUCUACGGUGCCCGCCGCCACCAACGGGCCCCGUCUGGCACAUCCCAGGACUGCGCGCCCUGGCCCGGAGGCACCGCCCAAUGGGGCCCCGCACUCCGGCCGGCCCUCACUUGGUAGCACUGGAGAUUUCUACGACGUUGCUUUCAAGGUCAUGCUGGUGGGGGAUUCUGGUGUGGGGAAGACCUGCCUGCUCGUGCGCUUCAAGGAUGGGGCUUUCCUGGCUGGCACCUUUAUCUCCACUGUGGGCAUCGACUUCCGGAAUAAAGUUCUGGAUGUGGAUGGCAUGAAAGUGAAGCUGCAGAUCUGGGACACAGCUGGCCAGGAGCGGUUCCGAAGCGUCACCCAUGCCUAUUACCGCGACGCUCAUGCACUGUUGCUGCUCUACGACAUCACCAACAAAGAUUCCUUCGACAACAUCAAGGCCUGGUUGACGGAGAUCCAGGAAUAUGCCCAGCACAACGUGGUGCUCAUGUUGCUAGGAAACAAGGUGGACUCUACCCAAGAACGCGCGGUAAAGAGGGAAGAUGGGGAAAAAUUAGCCAAGGAGUACGGGCUGCCUUUCAUGGAGACCAGCGCCAAGACGGGCCUCAAUGUGGACUUGGCUUUCACAGCUAUAGCUAAGGAACUCAAACAGCGAUCCAUGAAGGCUCCCGGCGAUCCACGCUUCAGGCUGCACGACUAUGUUAAGAGGGAGGGCCGAGGGGUGUCCUGCUGUCGACUCUGA